UGCGCGAGGUGCUGCACAGCAAGUUCAACGUGGAGAUGAGUUUGCUGUCGUUCGAGCUGCUCAAUACAUUUCUGAGCCAGGAGCGGCUUUUCCUGCUGCUCUCGAUUGUCAACGAGCGCGUAAACCUCGUGGUGACGUCGAACCAGCCAGGCAUUCAGAUCCAGCAGCUACAGGAUGCUGUUACACCGGGCGACUUAGGGGUACUAAACAAUUUGGAGCCGAAGGACGACGCAGCUAGCGGAUACAAGACGUCAGAUGAACUUGCACAGGCUGUUGCUGCGUCCGAGAAUCCCAGCGAGAGCGAGAUUGCCAUGCCGCUGACGACGGGCGCGUAUGAUGUAGACUAUAUGGUGCGUGCUACUGGCAGCAACGCGGUGGGCUCAGCAGGUAGCGGUGGCUACACUGUGCACGAUCUAAACGCCAUCCCUGUGACCUGGGGUGUUCUACCCGAGCGUAAAGUGCAUGAUCCAUCAGCUGAGGAAGGAGAAGGUGGCGCUGAAGCAGGGAAGGAAGGUGGAACUGGUACUUCCAACGGAGUAGCGGGUGGUAACUCCGCUGGAGGGGCCGGUGAUGCUAGUGGAGCAGCCGAUGGUGACAAGAAGUCCGGUGCGGACAGCUCGAAAGCUGGCGAUAAAGGCAAGGCAGCCGCAUCCUCUGCUGAUGCGCAGCGCAAACACAAGCGUGUAAAGUUGUCGAGUGAUGGCACCGCAGGCAAGAAGAAGGAGUUGCUGGAAGAAACGGGUCCUCUACCGGAUCGAAAAAAUGCGUUCAACGCGGAUGUAUUGGAGAAACUCGUGCUGCGCGUACCCGCAAACAUGAAGGAGCACAUCCUGGAGGACAUUCGGGUUCGCGCACCAGUCAGCCGAGGCGCGCUCCCAUCAGCCUUGUGCUUUACCCUGCUCAAUUCAGCAACACACAUCAACAACAUGUGCUUCAGCGAUGAUGUGACGAUGGUAGGCGCCGCCUGUGACGAUGCCUCCUUCCGUGUUUGGCGCAACGACGACCAGCCUCUUGGAACAGCCACGGGGUCCGCGUAUCAUGGCAACGCGGGACCAUCAUACACGGAGGCCGAGGAAGAAGAGAAGAUGGCUGUGCUUCGAGGCCACUCGAGCGCUGUGUAUGGUGCUAGUUUUUCUCCUGACAAUCGAUUCGCACUAACGGCGUCAGCUGACUCGACAGUUCGGCUGUGGAGUCUGGCAGCGAAGAGCAACCUGGUCGUGUAUCGCUCGCAUCAAGGCGCCCCCGUGUGGGAUGUAACUUUCGCGCCGCUCGGAUAUUACUUUGCGACUUGCUCCAUGGACCGGACCGCGCGGCUUUGGAGUACGGAUCACAUGACGCCACUUCGCGUUUUCGCUGGCCAUUUGUCGGAUGUGGACUGCGUUCGAUUCCACCCGAACCACAACUACCUGGCGACGGGCUCCAGCGACAAGACUGUUCGGCUGUGGGACGUGCAGUCGGGCAAGUGCGUCCGUGUGUUCACGGGCCACUUCCGUGGCGUGCAGUGCCUUGCGUUCUCGCGCAAUGGCCGCUACCUCGCCAGUUCAGGAGAAGACCAGUACAUCAACAUUUGGGAUCUGCAGGCCGGCAAGCGUCUGGAGACCCUCAUGGGCCACAAGGCCAUGGUCACGUCGUUGGACUUCAGCCAGGAGAGUACUAUAUUAGCAAGUGGUGGCAUGGACUCGACGGUGCGUCUCUGGGAUAUGAAGGCGCUCACCGAGCAGCCCUCGACCUACUCGGCGCUGUCUGGUGCGAUGGCCGACUUGCACGUCAGUUCCUCUGACGUCAGCGUGGCAAAUGACUCGCAGCUUCCUGGCCGGAGUCGCUUCGUGAAGCCUGUGCCCAUGGUGCGGCCAGGCGCAGUGCAGGAGCUGCCGUCCUCGCGCUUCCUGCUCAAGACGCUGCGCUCGAAGCAGACGCCCAUGUACCGCGUGCACUUCACGCCGCGCAACCUGCUGCUUGCUGGCGGCAUCUUCCACCCGAAAAUGGAGACAUAGCGAGCUUUAGCGCAGGACCCACCACACGCCACGACGGUCUUUUUGAGGAAUAAUGUUUAACGCGAACUCGCCACACCUCGCUCCUCACCUUGACAUGCAUUGAAAAGGAUUUCUAUGUACUUACAGCUACCUACUCACUUCCGAAGGGCGAGCGCUACAGUGAGCGCAGUCGCCACCAGCGCGAGUCCCGCCGUGACGCUCUGGGUGAUCUGCAGCUGGCGCUCGAGCGCGUCCACGCGCUCCAGCACGCCCCCCAUGGAGCGCGAGGCGUACUUGCCCAGCACGUCGGGCUCGAGGUUGACGAGGUCGCCAACCUUCUUGAGCGGCAGGAUGAUGUGGUUCUGCGUGUGCGAGAUGAGCAUGAU